GUUUCUUCACAGUAAUGCAAUUACAAACAUUGAAAGGGAGACUUUUGACAGACUCGACCUGAGCCAGUUGUGAGUAAAUUGAAGAAUAGAAUGAUUUCCUUUGAAGCUAAAACUUGGAAUGUGAUACAUUAACAAACUAAAAUGUUUUAUUGUUUUUUCUUAGCGGUUGUUAAGGUGUCAGUAGAUGCCAUACACAUAAUUAAAACUCACACCCCCAUAUCAGGAGCUUUAGCAUAACAUAUCUUGUUUAAUGGGUAUACACGCGCUUCAUUUUCAGAACCAUCUUUGAUAAUCCUUUAAACUCAUUACCAGACGGAAUAUUCGACGGAAUGGCAAAUGGAACUCAAGUGUAAGUCAAGCCGUAUGGCUUAAAAGCUAUAUACAUAUAAAGUGUAAAAUUUUGACUUUCGUAAAACAGUGCUCAAUACACAGGAGCAGAGCGAUGUAUAUAUUGUGGGAGGAAAAAGACAAAUAAAGCACAAGUUCAUCCCUACAAGCCUGUUUCGUGAUUGCCCACUCAUCAGGGGAUUUAAUGAGAGUAAUCUUUACCAUCGCCUAUAUACAAUACAAUCUAAUUUAUGCAGCGCGAAAUUAAACAAUUUAGUUGUUGCGUGAGAGGGCUUUGUUUCUGUGGCGGCAGGAAGACACGAGUUCAUUGCGUUUGUUUAGUGUUAAUAGUUCGGGUCGGCAGAUGAUUAGGAAUUGUUCUCUGAGGCAGAAAUUACAUCUUUUACUUGAGCUGUUGUACGGCAACUACGAAACAGGCUUGUUUAUUUGUCUUCUUCCUCCCACUAAAUAUAUAUAUAUAUAUAUAUAUAUAUAUAUAUAUAUACGUUACAUUUGUCGAAUUUGUGUUAAUUUUUUUACGGCUUCACGUUCUUGGCUAUAUUGGUAUACGUAUAAAGUUUCUCGAACCGGUCUUUUGUUUUUUUUUAACCUUAAAUAGCUUUCAUUAUCCAGUAAAAAAAAGGGGGAGAGUUGGGGGGUAGGGUAGAUAAAACAAGAUGGAUUUUCUUCCAAACAAGUUGCUUAAAGACCCUUAAAGCUAAGGAAACCCGAGUAUGCGGUGGCGACGAUAUCACCUGCCACAAUUCUAUUAACCAAAAUCACGUCAGUAUUUAUACCCAAAAGUUUUAUAUUCAGUUUAUUGUACAAACUAUGUACAGGGCAUUGACGUGUAAAAAUCUUCGUCAGCUGCCUCUGGAUAAAUAUGUGUCUAAAAUGUAAGUACGCCUUAAGUUUCAUUUUCUUCUCACGCUAUAGAAUGAUAAACAUCUGCACUGACGUUCUAUUUUGACUACAAUUCUUUCAACAUUUUUCAAUUAGCAUUUCACAGAUUUCUUCUUCCUUUCCAUUACAGAAGGUAUGAAAAUAACCAAAAAAAAACUGUAAUCAACUUUUAAAACAACUAUUGAUCUUGGUCAUUUCAACUUGUCGAGACUUAUCAGUGCCGUCGACUUUGGCUAUUGAUCUCUUCACGGUAAAAUCACGACAUUGUUUUCAACCUAGUUUUUUUAUUCAUUGUCAUUGCCCAAUCAAUCCUCAGUGAGUGUGCUCCCACGACAUCUCUGCACGUCAUUUUGGACCACUACCAAAGUAUCUUCAGUUCAUGCUUUACACGCUCAGGUUUUGUGUGCCAUGACUGUACAUCCCGCGAAAAACACAGUGCACCAAUCUAUUGUGCAAAUUGCAGCCUAUGUCCAGUUGGUACCUACUCGUGUACUGAUGGAUCCCUCUGUCUACCGUGUCCUGCAGGUAACGAGAAGAAACAAUUACUUUAUCGUUGAUAUAAGUAUCGUAAAAAGACAAGUAAUAAGGAAUCACUUUAUUUGUCUGGCUAGAUCAUUAUAUCUAGUCAUUAUUCUUUCCUUAGUGAAUUUUUUUAACUUUGGAGAUGUCUUAUGCAAUUAAACGAUGCUGGUAUACUGUGUUAUGGCUUACUCUAGGGUAUACUUCUUUUAUCACAAGUGAAUUGGAAACCAACAAUAAUUUUGAUAAUUCAAUGUAAUAGUUGAUUCUCCUUUAUAUGCUCAGACAAUCCGCCCGUAGAACCGUAUCCAUGUUCUAUGAUAUCUUCACAGGGGGUUUUUAUCAGGAUGAAAUGGGACAAGAUGGUUGCAAAAGAUGCAGCAUUAGUAUAUUUGUUUCUGAACAGCGAAGUCCUGGGAAUACAGCUGCCGACUGCGUGGCAUGUCCAUACAUUCUUAGCAAGAGCGAAAAUAAAGACAAAUUUCAGAAAAAAGGAACACCUUACCGUUUUUAACGCUUUCGAGUAAGAUUUCAACUACAUGUAUAAAUGAUGAACUCCGUCUUUUUUUUUCUACUUCACAGGAAACGGAAUUCUACAUGUGAAGUCAAUUUGGCGGUACGUUACCUUCAAGCCGAUCCGAUGUUUCAGGUUCCUUCGUCAGGGAGUAUCACGUCCCAAGAAUAGAGUGGUCACAAAAACAGGAACAUCCGAUGAACUUUCACACUUGAUUGAAGAAAGCAACUGAAGAACUUCCCCGAAAUAUUUGUCUUAAAACUUUUUUACUAUGCCUCAUGAAUAUCUUGCUCUAGGUGGCUCAAACGCCUAGAGCUUUCGUUGAAAUCUCUCUGGCUAUUGUAAGACUCCUGGGUGACAUUUCAUUGUAACUAAAGGCACUAGCUACUCCUACAAAGGCUGUGUUCUUCAAAAUGCAAUGCAUAAUGUUUUUGAUCUCUGAUUUAAAGUGCAACAAAAAACGUUGAAAAUUAUAUCAAGGUUAUUUUUGAGUAAAAAACAAUUUUUUGGUUAGUUAAGAAGUAGGAUUCCUCG